UCCGGCGUCCCCGGUGCGCUGGACCAUGGUAUGGUCGGGCAUCCCUGAUGCGCGAGACGAUUGGAUGGUGGGGGGCGCCGGACCAUGGUAUGGUUUGGAGCCCCCGAGGUGCCGGACCAUGGUAUGGUCUGGAGCCCCCGAGGCGCAGGACCAUUGGAUGGUCCGACGACCCAGGGACGCCGGACCGUGGCAUGGUCGGACGUCCCUGACGCGCCAGACGAUUGGAUGGUCCGGCGUCCCCGGGGCGACGAACCACGCCCUUCACCCCGCGCAUCGCCAUGCAAUGACCCCAACACGGAAUGGCAUGUGGCUCCGGACCAUUUCCCGGUAUGGUAUGGCGAGUCGGGGACCCCGGACCAUGUCGCGGCUGUGGCCGACACCGCCGAAACGCCGGACCAAGACCUGCUAUGUCCCGGCGGCUCCGGGACUCCAGACCAUGCCAUGGCAGGGUCCGGUCUCCCGAAGCCGUCGGAACUUACCAUGGCAUGGCCCGGCGUCGCGGAGACGCCGGACCAAAGCAUGGCAUGGUCUGGCCUCCGCCAGACCACAAUAUGGCAUGGUCCAGACCGCAGCGUGGCAUGGUCCAGCGCCCCGGAGCCGCCGAACCAUGCCACGGUACAGUUCAGCGUCAUCGAGGUGGCGGACUAUGCCACCGCAUGGUCCGUAGUCCCGGAGCCGCCGGACCAUGCCAUGCUACGGUCCGGCGUCGGGGAGGUGUCGGAGCAUACCAUGGCACGGUCCGGCGCCCCGGAGCCGGCGGACCGUGCCGUGGUAUGGUCUGGCGUUGUCGAGGCGGCGGACCAUACCAGUCCGGAGCCGGUGAACCGUAACAUGCAAUGGUCUGGCGGCGCCGAGGCGCCGGACCAUACCACGGCAUGGUCCGGAGUCCCGGAGCCGCCGGACCAUGGCACGCCACGGACUGGCGUCGUCGAGGCGCCAGAGCAUACCAUGGCUUGCCACGGACUGGCGUCGUUGAGGCGCCAGAGCAUACCAUGGCAUGGUCUGGAGUCCCGGAGCCGCCGGACCAUGCCAUGCUAUGGUCUGGCGUCGUGGAGGCGCCGGACCAUACCAGUCCCGGAACACACCGUGGCAUGGCCCGGCGUCCCGACGGCGACGAAACAUGCCAUUGCAUGGUCCGUCGUCCUGACGGCGACGAAAGGAAAACAACGCAGAUCGCUGUGGGAUUCCGGUUCUAAGGGCGACUUCAUUCACCCCCGUGUGGUGAAAGAAGCCCGCUUACCUAGGACUGGGUCUCCGUCUCCCAUCUCUGUCACCCUAGGGGAUGACAAGACCCAGCGCUUCUUCGAUCAGACGGUCACCGACCUCCCUUUCUUCCUCACUCUCGAGCAGACUGAUCGUUCCCCGGCGUCUCGUCGCCACUGCUCCUCUGCACAUAUCGAUGUGAUGGAGACGAGGUACGACUUCAUUCUCGGCACUCCGUGGUCUCGUCGGUUCCGCAGCACCGAGGCCGAUUGGGCGACCAACACUCUCGUUCUCAAAACGAAGUGUGGACAGACGUAUCGCGUACCUUUCAUAGGUACCACUGCGACACCACGCCCCGAUCCUCCUCCCCCGGAGCCUUCUGUGCCCACACCAUCUCCUUCUAUCACUGUCACUUCGCCUCGACAAUUUGCCCACUUCAUCCGACAGGACGACGUCACCUUCUUUAUGGUGAACGUGACAGAUCUCUUACACUAUGAUCCACCCUGUCCCGACGCUGAGCUCCUCCCUCUGGAGCCAGAUCCUCCUUCUAUCUCCAUGACUCUCAUCUCUACUUUCGUCCCUCCGCCGUCCGUCGAGUCCACCCUGCCGUCGCGCGCUGACGCUGACGCUGAGGAACUUGCACAAUAUACGGCUGACCUGGAGCUCGCAAUUCGUGACCUCAUCCGAGAGUACCACGACGUUUUCCCAUCGUCGUUCUCACUCUCGAUCCCCGAGGCCACCGAACUCAAGCGUCAGCUUGAGGAGCUCCUGAGACUUGGUUUCAUUAAACCCAGCAACUCCCCGUGGGGUGCACCCGUCCUCUUUGCUCGCAAAGCGGAUGGAACUCUCCGUCUCUGCAUCGACUAUCGCAGUCUCGACCGCUACACGGUUAAGAACAGCUACCCCAUGCCUCGUUUCGAUGAGCUGUUCGACCGCCUAGCAGGCAACUGCUUCUUUACGAAGAUUGAUCUUUGUAGCGGUUACCAUCAGAUCCGCGUCGCUGCAGCCGACCAGCCGAAGACAGCGUUCCGAUCGCACUUCGGCCACUACGAGUUUACGGUGAUGCCAUUCGGCCUCACCAACGCACCCGCCACCUUCAAGAGGGCGAUGAACGACAUCUUGAGGGACAUCCUGGAGCAGUACGUUCUCGUCUACCUCGACGACAUCCUAGUCUACAGUCGUACCCUUGAGGAGCACCUCAGACACCUCCGCGACAUCCUUGACCGCUUGCGCAGACAUGGCUUCUACGCCAAGCUAAGCAAGUGCCGCUUUGCCCAGCACAAAGUGGAUUUCUUAGGACACUACGUGUCUCACCAGGGUCUCCACAUGGACGACGUGAAGAUCACUGCUAUUGCGGAGUGGCCCGCCCCCACAUCCGCCAAGCAGCUUCGCAGCUUCCUAGGCCUGACCAGCUACUAUAGCGGACAGUCUGACGAGGAGAGAAAGAGAGGAAAGGGCCGAGGUAGGCGAGAAGGAGGAGGAGGAGGAGGAGGAGGAGGAGGAGGAGGAGGAGGACUAGGAGGAGGAGGAGGAGGACUAGGAGGAGGAGGAGGAGGAGGAGGACUAGGAGGAGAGGGAGGGGAAGGAGGAGUAGGAGUAAGGGUUCGAGUACAUGGCACAACUGUUGUGCCCCUGUCUUCCCUCCGAGGGUCCGGUGUCGUCAAGGCGCCAGACCAUUGGAUGGUCCGGUGUCGUCGAAGCGCCGGACCAUCGACGCGUCAUGUCGUCGCAGCUGCCGAUACUGCUCAUCCCACUGUUGCUGCAGCUGCUGCGGUUGGAGCUGAUGCGGUUGCAGCAGCUGCUGGUGCUCCUGUCGGGUCCCACUGCUGGUGCAGCUGCUGUGCCCCAGUCUUCCCUCCGAUGGUCCGACGUCGUCGAGGCGCCAGACCAUCGGAUGGUCCGGCAUCGUCGAGGCGCUGGACCAUCGAGGCGUCGGUCACAGCAGCUGCUGAUGCUGCUCAUCCCACUGUUGCUGCAGCUGCUGCGGUCGGAGUUGCUGCGGUUGCAGCAGCUGCUGGUGCUCAUCCGACUCUGCUGUGCACCAGUCUUCCCUCCGAUGGUCUGGCGUCGUCGAGGUGCCAGACCAUCGAGGUGUCGGUCACAACAGCUGUUGAUGCUGCUCAUCCCACUGUUGCUGCAGGUGCGGUUGCAGAAGCUGUUGGUGCUCAUCCCACUGUUGCUGAUGCUGCUCAUCCUGUCGAGGCGUCGGUCACAGCAGUUGCUGAUGCUGCUCAUCCCACUGUUGCUGCAGGUGCUGCGAUUAGAGUUGAUGCGGUUGUCACAGCUGCUGGUGCUCCUUGUGGGUCCCACUGCUGGUGCAGCUGGUGUGCCCCAGUCUUCCCUCCGAUGGUCCGGCGUCGCCGAGGUGCCAGACCAUCGGAUGGUACGGCAUCGUCGACGCACCGGACCAUCGAGGCGUUGGUCACAGCAGCUGUUGAUGCUACUUAUCCCACUGUUGCUGCGGUUGCAGCAGCUGCUGGUGCUCAUCCCACUGUUGCUGAUGCUGCUCAUCCCAUCGAGUUGUCAGUCAAAGCAGCUGCUGAUGCUGCUCAUCCCACUGUUGCUGCAGCUGCUGCGGUUGGAGUUGAUGCGGUUGGAGUUGAUGCGGUUGGAGCAUCUGCUGCUGCUCUUGUUGGGUCCCACUGCUGGUGUAGCUGUUGUGCCCCAGUCUUCCCUUCGAUGGUCCGGCGACGUCAGGGCGCCAGACCUUCGAGUGGUCCGGCGUCGUCGAGGCGCCGGACCAUCGACGCGUUCGGCACAGCAGAUGCAGACGCGGCUGUUCCCAUUGCGGUUGCCGCAACUGCUGUCGGUGGUGUUCCCGCUAUUGUCACUUCUAAGCAAGGGUUCGAGGACAUGGCACAGCUGCUAUGCCCCUGUCUUCCCACCAAGGGUCCGGCGUCGUCAAGGCGCCAGACCAUCGGAUGGUCCGGCGUCGUCGACAAGCCGGAUCAUCGAGGCAUCGAGUUCCUGCGGUUGCAGCAGCUGCUGGUGCUCAUCCCACUGUUGCUGAUGCUGCUCAUCCUAUCGAGGCGUCGGUCACCGCAGCUGCUGAUUCUGCUCAUCCCACUGUCGCUGCAGCUGCUGCGGUUGGAGUUGAUGCGGUUGCAGCAGCCGCUGGUGUUCCUGCUGGGUCUCACUCCUAGUGCAGCUACUGUGCCCCAGUCUUCCCUCCGAUGGUCCGGCGUCCUCAAGGCGCCAGACCUUCGGGUGGUCCGGCGUUGUCGAGGCGCGGGACCAUCGACGCGUCCGACACAGCAGAUGCAGACGCGGUUGUUCCCAUUGUGGUUGCCGCAGCUGCUCUCGGUGUUGUUCCUGCUGUUGCUGUCACAUUUGAGCAAGGGUUCGAGUACAUGGCAGAGCUGCUGUGCCCCUGUCUUCCCUCCGAGGGUCCGGCGUAGUCAAGCCGCCCGACCAUCGGAUGGUCCAGCGUCGUCGAGGCGCCGGACCAUGGCGGCGUCGGUCACAGCAGACGGUGAUGCUGCCCAUCCCACUGUUGCUGCAGCUGCUGCGGUCGGAGUUGCUGCGGUUGCAGCAGCUGCUGGUGCUCAUCCCAUUAUUGUUGAUUCUGCUCAUCCCAUCGAGGCGUCGGUCACAGCAGUUGCUGAUGCUGCUCAUCCAACUGUUGCUACAGCUGUUGCGGUUGGAGUUGAUGCGGUUGCAGCAGCUGCUGGUGCUCCUUCUGGGUCCCACUGCUCGUGCAGCUGUUGUGCCCCAGUCUUUCCUCCGAUGGUCCGGCGACGUCAAGGCGCCAGACCUUCGAGUGGUCCGGCGUCGUCGAGGCGCCUGAGCAUCGACGCGUCCGGCACAGCAAAUGCAGACGCGGUUGUUCCCAUUGCGGUUGCUGCAGCUGCUGUCGGUGCGGUUCCCGUUGUUGUUGUCACAUCUGAGCAAGGGUUGGAGUACAUGGCACAGCUGUUGUCCCCCUGUCUUCCCUUCGAGGGUCCAGUGUCGUCAAGGCGCCAGACCAUCGGAUGGUCCGGCGUCGUCGGCGCGUUGGACCAUCGAGGCGUCGCUGUUGCGGUCGGAGUUGCUGCGGUUGCAGCAGCUGUUGGUGCUCAUCCCACUGUUGCUGAUGUUGCUCAUCCCAUCGAGGCGUCGGUCACAAUAGUUGUUGAUGCUGCUUAUCCCACGGUUGCAGCAGCUGAUGGUGCUCCUGUUGGAUCAUCGGAUGGUCCGGUGUCGUCGACGCGCCGGACCAUCGAGGUGUCGGUCACAGCAGCUGCUCAUACUGCUCAUCCCACUGUUGCUGCAGUUGCUGUCCUUGGAGUUGCUGCGGUUGCAGCAGCUGCUGGUGCUUAUCCCACUAUUGUUGAUGCUGCUCAUCCCAUCGAGGCGUCAGUCACAGUAGCUGGUGAUGCUGCUCAUCCCACUGUUCCUGCAGUUGCUGCGGUUGGAGUUGAUGCGGUUGCAGCAACUACUGGUGCUCAUCCCACUGUUGUUGAUGCUGCUCAUCCCAUCGAGGUGUCGGUCACAGCAGCUGCUGAUGCUCCUCAUCCCACUGUUGCUGCAGUUGCUGCGGUUGGAGUUGAUACCGUUGCAGCAGCUGCUGGUGCUCAUCCCACUGUUGAUGAUGCUGCUCAUCCCAUCGAGGCAUCGGUCACAGCAGCUGCUGAUGCUGCUCAUCCCACUGUUAAUGCAGAUGCUGCGGUUGGAGUUGAUGUGGUUGCAGCAUCUGCUGGGUUCGAGUACAUGGCACAGCUGCUAUGCCCCUGUCUUCCCUCCGAGGGUCCGGCGUCGCCGACGCACCGGACCAUCGAGGAGUCGGUCACAGCAGUUGUUGAUGCUGCUCAUCCCACUGUUGCUGCAGCUGCUGCGGUCGGAGUUGCUGCAGUUGCAGCAGCUGCUGGUGCUCAUCCCACUGUUGCUGAUGCUGCUCAUCCUAUCAAGGCGUCGGUCACAGCAGCUGCUGAUGCUGCUCAUUCCACUGUUGUUGCAGCUGUUGUGGUUGGAGUUUAUGCGGUUGCAGCAGCUGCUGGUGUUCCUGCUAGGUCCCACUGCUGGUGCAGCUGUUGUGCUUCACUCUUCCCUCCGAUGGUCCGGCGUCGUCAAGGCGCCAGACCUUCGGGUGGUCCGGCGUCGUCGAGGCGCCGGACCAUCGACGCGUCCGGCACAGCAGAUGCAGACGCGGCUGUUCCCACUGCGGUUGCCGCAGCUGCUGUCGGUGUUGUUCCCGCUGUUGCAGUCACAUCUGAGCAAGGGUUCGAGUACAUGGCACAACUGCCCCUGUCUUCUCUCCGAGGGUCCGGCGUCGUCAAGGCGCCUGACCAUCGGAUGGUCCGGGGUCCUGCUGCGGUCGGAGUUGCUGAGGUUGCAGCAACUGUUGGUGCUCAUCCCACUGUUGUUGAUGCUGCUCAUCCCAUCGAGGCGUCCGUCACAGCGGUUGUUGAUGCUGCUCAUCCCACUGUUGUUGCGGUUGGAGUUGAUGCAGUUGCAGCAGCUGCUGUUGCUCAUCCCAUUGUUGCUGAUGCUGCUCAUCCCAUCGAGGAGUCGGUCACAACAGCUGUUGAUGCUACUCAUCCCACUGUUGUUGGAGCUGUUGCGGUUGGAGUUGAUGCGGUUGCAGCAGCUGCUGGUGCUCUUAUUGGGUCGCACUGCUGGUGCAGCUCCUGUGCCCCAAUCUUCCCUCCGAUGGUCUGGCGUCGUCAAGGCGCCAGACCUUCGGAUGGUCCGGCGUCAUCGAGGCGCCGGACCAUCGACACAUGCCAUAGAGCAGAUGUAGACGCGGUUGUUCCCACUAUGGUUGCCGCAGCUGCUGUGGGUGCUGUUCCGUCUGUUGUUGUCACAUCUGAGUUACAGCAUCCGCGCUGCAUCAAUGCUCCGUUCGACAAGUCGAAGAAGAAGGAUGCGUCACAAAUGGUGAUGCUCAGGCCGUUCGAGUUCCUCAAACGCGUUAAUUGCUAUAAGGUAUCGAACCAUAUCAUGACGAUUGACAACAACCUGCAGUUGUCAACUCCCUUCGUGCCCUUCGACUGUGAUCUUGGAGACUUCGCAGACAUGGUGCGACGUCACAAGCUGCAGGAGAUGGGCCAAGCUGUUUUGCGAACUACCGUCUCUGUGAACUGGCCAAAGGCGGUGGGCAAGAGUUGUGGGGAGCCGAAAACAUCCGCCCGUAUGAGCAAAAGUGGGGCCGCAUCAACACAGGCAAAGAGCGUGAGCAAAUCAGCUUCUCUGCUCCAGCCGAAGGGUGUGUCUGCGACACGGGCACCAUCACAUGCAGAAUGUGUGGCACGCGUUUCUUUGACUUCGACUGGUGGGGCCACUGACCACGAGGAUGACGACGAAAACACAGAGGAGGACUCGCACUUCAGACAGUGGGACGGUGGGCGGUGGCCCGAUGGCAAUGACGCGAAAGACACGGAAGGGGACGACGUCGAACAACGGUUCCGCGACGAUGCACACGAUGAAGAGGGAAGCUUGGAGGAUGGUUUGGCCGAAGGCGAUGGUAGUGAAGGCCAAGAGGAUGGUGGUCACGAAGGCCAUGGGAGUGAAGAAGAAGAAAAUGAGGAUGCAAGUGAUGAGGAUGCCGCAAAACGGGAAGACAGCUACGGAGGGGGGAGCGAAGGAGAUGAGGGUGGGGCGGACGACGACGACGGCGGAAAUGACGGGUCGCAGAAAAGGCGAGAACAGUCUUCCCGUGCCACAAGUCAUGACGGUCCGGCAGAAGACGACGAUGUGUUGCAUGGCACACAGAGCGGAGGCAGCACGAGGCUGGUCGCCGCAAAAUCGUCUGCUGCCCACAAGUGGGGCGUGCAUUCUUGGAAGGCGCGGGUUGUGUAUUUUGACGACGACCAUUUGGAGGGGUAUGCGUACAUCUCCACGUUUGACAACACCAGGGAGACACGUGCUAUCCCGUUGUUGUUUCGAAUGGUCGUGACUGCUAUAAGAGGACUGUGGCAGAGUAUGAAAGAGCCAAAAGAUGAUUGGCAUCAGGCAAAAACGGUGGAAGAGAGGACUGCACAGCGUGACCAAUAUCAGGAGUUCGUAUGGAAAGUUAUACGGAUGACUCCUGACACAUCACUCCGGAAGCGGUCGUUGGCGAAAAGAUUUGUGAGGAAUUGGUCAAACCUUUUGAGGCCCUACAUGUGUCUUGCGGCGAGCGGCAGAGUUGUGUGGAAUCUGGUUGAGAAGUUCUUUGACAAAUGGGAAAAAGGCGAACUGCCAGGGCAGGAUGGCGUGAGACCAGUGGAUCAGGAAGGGAAAGCAGGCGAGGCAGCAGGACCGGGCCCUGCAGCGAAGACGGUGAAAGGCAAAAAAGUGUUGGUGCACUACCUUCAGUCCAACAAAAAUUCGUCGGGUUUCUAUAUUUGCAUCAAUGAUCCCCCCGCGAGCGCAUGGAAGGUGUUCGGCGAUUUCACAUCAAGGGAGAAGGAAAUGGCCCUCGAGAAAAUACUUGCGAGACACAUUGUUGUCACGAGCAGAAGGGCAUUUGUGAAAAAACAGAUGAACAUGCAAGACCUGUACGUGGAGGAGGAGACGGAGGAUGAGGAGAUUGACUUGCUGUUGUCGGGUGCACAUCACAAUGCAAUGAGAGAGGAAACGCCUUCGCUGUCCACUUUGGGUGGUCAACAAGCGAUGAAGGAAGAUGUUGGCGGCACUGUCGAGAGUACCAGGACCGAAAAUGUGAUGCGCGGAACAACGCCGAACACAGGUGGUGCAAGGGAAGGCAGCACAUCCAAGUGCGGCAUGAAGGAAGCAACCCCAGGAUUCGUCUCGCUGGUGAGGAGAGUUCGCAAUGACAUAGAAGGAGCGGCAGACGGCGAGACUCAAAAUGUUGUGCAUGCAGACAAGGAAUCAGAGGACGGCCCAGAUGGGAUGGACAUAGAAGAUGAUCCCCUCUUUCACAUCCCAGAUGACGUCUCCAAACAACUUGCACCAGGUGAUAAUAUUUCAUAUGCCAUGAAGGAGAUGAAAGCAGGACCUCACUUUCUAGACAUAAAGUACAAAGAGUCACAUGAACACGAGUGGGGGCAUCACAUCGCGCAAGGCACCGACGAAGCCAUCAGGGAGCGAAGUGUGCAUGAGAAAGAAGGGGGGAACGGACUAGUGCAUAUGGAAUGCACUGGUCCAGGAACGCAAAUAGUUUCGGAGUCAACAAUGGCAGAAAUGAGAGCUGAUUUGGAGGGUGUCAGUACGGCAGAGCAUAAAAAGGUUCCAAGCACGGGAAACAGGGAGAGGGGGGAGGAAAAUGAGAAAGAAGAGGAGGCGAUCAAGAGUCGGAGUGUGAUCAACUUGGUGGACCAGUCAGGCUAUGGUACGGUCAGUUCUUCGUGGAGACGAGGUGAGAGGGGCGUCAUUCCCAAGACUUUAGGCCAAGGUGGGGGGAGAGGAGGAGGAGCAGGCGUGCGAGAGACUGGCAGGGUGCAUAAGAAGAUGAUGAAGACGCCAGCCCAGAAGGAAGUUCUGGAGCGAUACUAUGCAGAGGAUAAGUACCCAACGGACACGGUGCGGGCGGAGCUGGCCACUCAGCUUGGGCUGUCGGAGAAGCAACUGCAGAUGUGGUUUUCUCACAGGAGGAGAAAAGACCGAAAGGAGGAGUGCAGAGAUGAUUUGCCAAUGGGACCGACAAUUGGCGUGCCAAGUAGGCCAACCUCGGGUAAUUUCAACUGCAGUAGGCCGUCGCACCCUUCUCAUACUACUUAUGCUAAUCAACCGCAGCAGCAGCAUCAAAUUCCGAUUCAGCAGCAGCAAUUACCGCCGUCGGCGGCGGCACAGCAGCAGCAGCAGCAGCAGCAGCAUUAUCCAAGGCAACAUAACCAUUGUGGUGGGGUGGCUCCUCUCCCUCCUCCUCUUCCCCCGACUCCUGCUGCUCCUUCUCUGUCACCAUUUUCCACCCAUCGCUCGCCUCUUCGAGCAUCCCCCGUGGGAGAGGAUUACCCCUCGCUGGUGCUGGGCUCAGAGGCGCGAGAGUCAAACUUGCCCCCCCCUUCAAACAAUUAUCUGGCGGAGUACGAGGAGGAAGCACUUGAGAUGGACCCGUCAGCGGGCAGGGGUCGAAGAGGGGCAGGAGGGGGAGGAGGGGGAGGAGGGGGAGGAGGAGGGAGUGGUGGGGUGGGAAAUGCUGUCAUGCCGCCACCAGUGACGCCCCCGGCGGCCGCAAGACCACGUCUAUCUUCCAUGCCAAGAAGAGUGUCGGGAGUUGCUGGUAUUGGAAUUGGUGGGGGGGGGAUAUCAGCAGGAGCAGGAGCAGGAGUAGGAGUAGGAGUAGGAGUAAGUGGUGUAGGAGUAGGAGUAGGAGCAGUAGUAGGUGGGGUAGGGGGAGGAUCAGUCGGGGGGGGAGCUGGCGGGGGGGCGGUAGUCGGAAAAGUGGGGGGCAGUUUGAAGAGACGAACAUCGUCCCAGCAGCAGCAACCGCAGCAGAUGCUCACAGACAAUCAGCAGGACCAGGCCAUGGCUGGCCCGUCGCCUCUGGCGAGAGAUUUGGAGGACGGGGCGGCUCGAGUGGCGGCCGAAAGGGCUGCCAUUGCGGCGGUGGAGGCGCAGAUGCCUGAGCCUCUCCGUCCCGACGGACCCCCUUUGGCUGUUGAGUUUGAUCCUCUGCCUCUUGGAGCGUUCUCGUUCAUCUCGGCAAGUGGAGCAGCGGCCUCGGCGCUUGGACCAGCUAUAUCCUCAGAUUCAAAAAAGCGGAAGGUCCUGUCUAAGAAACCGGAGGGCUUGCCGAAUGAAGACCAUGAUCCUCGUGAAAGGAAGGAUGCGAAGCCUGCAGCAGCUGUUAAGGGUGUUGCUCAGGCAUUGCCCAACAACAAGGUCGUUAGCCCUGUGCCACCGCUGGCCAAUUCUACAGCCCCCCCUCCAGCUCCUCCCUUAAAGAAGGUUCCUUUGUCCCAACCUCCAGGAAGAGGGGUUGGUGGGAUGGGGCCGUCCCUCGGAAAGGCCCUUGUCCGCACAACACAUCAAACACCUUCUGGUUCUCUUGUUGCACCGGGUAAAGGCUCAGGCCUGUCUUCCCUCACACCUCCAUCGCCAUCAAUGCCCCCCCCUCCCUUGGCACCACCAAGCCUCCCGCCACCACCUCCACAUCUUCCCCCUUCCAGUGCGCAUCCGUCCACGUAUGGUAGUGAUUUUGUGCAUGAUCCUGCUUCCGCAGAUCAGGGAUUUCCAAAUGUGGCCAUGGAACAUGGCGGGUAUUACAACUCCUCUGGUUACGGUCCUGGCCCCGAUCAUCCCUACAGUCAUGGUGCUGCAGAUAUGCAGCUGUCAAGAAGCCCCCAUCUGCGAGAAGCGCAAGGAGAAGAAUAUAUGUCACCCUCCUCUCAGGAUCUGUAUAAUGGACAGUAUAGGACUGUGCAGGGAGCUCUGCACAGGGCUGGACCACCUGGGCAAUAUGGAGUAGGUGGGGGGGGUGCAAGACAGUUGCCUCUGCCACAGGCAUCUGGUGGAACUCCUCCUGGUCAUGGACUCGGAGUAGGAGGGGUAGGGUUAGGAGGGGUUGAUAUGCAAGGGGUGGGUGCUGGAGGAAGGCCAGUGGGUGUAGGGCGUAUGCGUGGGGUCGGGGUGGCUAUCGGUGGUGGUGCGGGUGGUGGAAUGGCAAGCAUGGUGCUGGGGCGUGGGAGGGGAGGAGGCCGAGGGCGAGGUGGGAGAGGUGGUGGAAGAGGAGGUUAUGGUGACGAAGGGACAGAGGAUGGGAUUAUUUCGGCGAGAGAGAUGAUGCCUGUGGGACUUUCACCCACACAUUCUACAGUGGCAUUGACGACAGUCCCCAUGGGUGGACAGGCAGGGGCUGCCGGCAUUCAAAUUGAUGAUGCUGCCAUAGCUGCUAUGUCGCACCAAGCAGCAAUGGAGGCUCAUGCAAAGCGCCAAGCCGCAGCAGCAGAGAAGCUCAGACAGAUGGAGCUGCAGGAACAAAUUCGAUUAGAACGAAAGCGGAAGCUGGAGGAGCAACGCCUGCUUAAGGAAGAGGAAGCUAGGGAGAAGCGAGCCAAGAGGGAGCUCGAUCGUGCUGUGAUCGCGAGGCGUAAGCUGGAAGAGCAAGCGCGCAGGGAGGAAGAAAGGCUAGAGAGGGAGAAGAAGAGAGAGCAGGAACGGAUCGUAAGGGAGCGAUUGAAGGAGGAAGAGCGGGUAGAACGAGAGAGGCGGCGGGAGCUUGAACGGCUGGAGAGGGAGAAACAAAAGGAGGUGGUCAGGGUGGAAAAGGAGAAAAAAAAGGAGGAACUGCGGUUGCAGAGAGAAGAAGCAAAGGUUAGGUUGGCCAAGGAGAAGGCAUUAGCCAAGAAGGCAGCGCGUGAAGCAGCAGAUCUUGUGGAGGAUGAUUACUUGGAGAGGCAAGAGGCUGCUCGUGCGCGAGGACUUCCUUAUGGAGACGAUGCGGAUCUGGAUAAUGUCGUUUUGCCAGAACGUUUUCCUCCAGACUGUGUAUUGAUGAAGCAACCACUUGCCCUCCCUCCUUGGGACGAGUCUCAAGAGCUUGUCGGGCAUCUUUUCAUGUGUUGGAGCUUCGUCACUACGUUUGCGGAUGUUUUGGGAAUCUGGCCUUUCACACUGGACGAGCUUGCCGAAGCUCUGCAUGACCAUGAUUCUCGGUUAUUAGGGGAAGUGCACCUGGCGUUACUGAAGACGAUAUGUUCCGAUCUUGAAGAAGCAGCGAGAUCAGCUGCAGCGUCUGUGCCUGGUGGGGCUGGAGUUGUUUCUACCACAGCUGCUGUGGGUCAUCCUGUCUUAGAAGAGAUUCAAGCUUGGGGGUUCAACUUGACCACCUGGCACCUGCGCUUGAAUGCUCUGACGUGGCCGGAAGUCCUUCGGCAGUAUGCGCUAGCAGCCGGGUUUGGGCCGAAACGAAAGAAACCCGCUCCGCGAUGUGAAGUACUGGAUGGGGAUGAGGAGAGCGAUGGCGAGGAUGCACUUGGCUUGCUGAGGUCAGGUGCAGCUGUUCGAGCGGCUGCACAGCAUGUUCUCGGGAGGAAAGCACGGAUGCUGCAAGCUCAGCGUAGGCUUCCUGGGCGGUUGACGCCAGGAACGGUGAAGUAUGCGGCCUACCAGGUGCUGUCUGUUGUCGGGCAGGAGGGGUUGACUGUGCCAGACAUUGCUGAGCGUAUUCAGAACUCUGGGCUACGGGACCUGAGGACAAGCCGCACUCCAGAAGCUACAAUUGCUGGGGCCUUGUCUAGAGAUCCCAUCUUCGUGAAAGUGGCUCCCUCUCGUUAUUGCGUGAAAGCCUGCUUCAGACGUGCCGAUGAGGAUGUUGAGAAAGGUGAGGACAUCGUCAAGGGGGAAGGAGAGGGGUAUGGUGACGAUUAUGAGGAAGGCGAUGAUGAAGGUGAUGCAGAAACUGAAGUCGAUGGAGAUGAAGAUGGCAGCGAGGACGGUGAUGUUGUGGACGAAGAUGAUGGUGGUGAGGAGAGAGAUGGUAGUGUUGACUAUAGAAAGAUGCGAAACAACAGAAGCCUCUACAUGGGUUCCCUGAAGACUGCGGAACAAGAGAGGGAGGUCAUAGGGAAUGAAGAUGCGGAGUUGGAACAUAGAGAGUUUGAAAGACCUGGACGGCGUUUGUGCGAAGAGGAGACUGCAGAGCGAUUGACACAUGAUGAAGGCGAUCUCGAAGAUGAGUUGACGAGAGAGGGAAGCCUGCAGCGCAACAGAGCCGAACAAGGGCGUACUGAUGAGUGUGAGGAAGCUGAAAAUAACAGAGAUUCUGUCGGAGAGGGCUGUGAGGUUGAUGAAACGGAUCUAGGGGAGCCUUGGGUACAAGCUCUUAUGGAGGGAGAGUAUUCAGAGCUCUCUGUAGAAGAACGGAUGAAUGCCUUGCUUGCCCUUGUGAAUGCAGUGAAUGAGGGCAGUUUGCUGCGAUCUGCGCUGGAGGAUCGCCAUGAGGCUGCAGCAGCACUGAGGCGACAGAUGUGGGCAGAAGGUCAAGCAGAACGACGACGGCAGAAAGAGGCUCAAUAUGCAAAGCUACAGGCCAUUGCGAGUGGCGAAAGGCCUGGUACACCGGGUGCAGACAGUGAUGGUGGUGGAAGGCCAAUGGCUAAGGGGGGAGGUGGUUCUGGGGAUGAGGCGGCACAUGCAGACGAUUACAUGCAUGGCUCUGGAGUAGCAGACACUGGGCAUGGUCCCUUUGAGAAAGCAAGAGCACGUAUGCGUGCAGAUAUAGUUGAGCGUGCUGAUGAAGCGUAUGCUAUAAGGAUGCGCCCGCUGGGACGUGAUCGACGGUUCAACAGGUACUUUCGGCUUGUGCCUUGUGGUGCUGGUGAGUGUGACAAAGGUUGGGGCCGAAUCUUCUAUGAGAGCUUCAAAGACAGUCACUGGAAAGUUAUUGACACUGAGGAGGCCUUCGAUGCACUUUUGCGGUCUCUGGACACAAGGGGGAUGCGAGAGGCAGCACUGCACAGGGCAUUGCUGAGGCAUGAAUCCAAGAUUCGUCAGGCGAUGCGUAAUGAAUAUGGAGGCAAAACAACUGGAGCAGGUCGUGGGAAGGGAGGGGCAGUCGUGGUUAUCAAGAAGGAGGACAGGGAAGAGGAGGACCCUAGAGAAAAGUGUGGUGGAGAGCAGGAGGGGGUAGGGGAAGGCUGGAAGAGCGGAGCAGUAAAGAUUCCGCCAGCUCAUGAGGUGGACCGCAGGUGUGCGUGGGAGAAGUUUGAGGAGCUGGAGAGGUGGAUGUCCGACGUUAGGACGCGAGCUUCAGCUGUUCUUGCAGCAGAUGAGAUUCCCCGUGAUGCGAAGGGUGUGGCCCCGGAUCGUGGGACUCGUUGUGACUAUUGUCAGGAGCUUGUGCGCGUCAAGGAAGACAGACACUGCCCUCAUUGCCAUCAGACGUUUGAUCGGGCAAUGAUGCCAAGGAUGCUUCCCAAAGUUUUUGCUGAGCACCUCAGAGACUGUGAGCAUAGAAUGAAGACUGGCGAUCCCUCCUGGGUGCAGCUGGGACCUCCAUUCAGACCUCCACCACAGUUACAGAAACUGAAGGCAGAGCUUAUGGAUGUUGAGGCUGCAAUUCCAGUUGAGGCAGUUGACUUGAAUUGGUACAAGCACGAUCGCCCGUCAUGGGCAGUGCAACUGAAGCGUGCGGCCACCCCGAAAGAGCUUCUGCAGGUGCUUGCGGAACUCGAAAAUGUGGUGCAGCGGGACUGGCUGUCGGAUGACUUCAAGCCAACCUGGGAGGUGCUGUGUGAUAUCAAUCAGACUCAGAAGCAUGAUGGAUCUGUCUGGGCGAACGACAUCAGCGCAAAAGCGGGCCCUGAUGUGGCGAUUCUCCCUUGGAUUCCCCACACCUCGUCUGCGGUUGCUCUAAGGAUAUGGUCCUUUGAUGCUGCAUUGUUGUAUCGAAAGGAUGAUUGCCUUCCCGGCAUGGAGCAUGAGCAAGAGGCUGAAGAUCGUGGGAAGACGGCAAACGAGGUUGAAGUGAAAAGGGUUGAGACCAAAAAGAGUAAACCAGCAUCAGCUUCAGGCAGGGGAGCUCCUCGUACUGCUCCAAUGGCCUCUGGCGGUGCGCAUCACACAGGUGCUAGCGGUGGAGGAUCAGGAAGAGGGGGCGGUGCUGGAGGUAGGGGUGGUAGAGGAGGCCGUGGCGGGGGUGGUGGCCGAUGGAGAAGGCAGGGUGGAAGAGGUGCACAAGGUGGUCGUGGUGGAGAGGGGAUUGCACGGGGUGGAAGAGGAACAGGAAGAGUGGAGGAGGGCACGCGAGCAAGUGGGAGAGGGAGAGGCCGAGGUGGGAGAGGUGGCGGUAGGGGAAGAGGGGGUUGGAGAAGAGGGGGUAGAAAGAAGGCGGAGGAUGGGCACAGAAUCAUAGCUACUGCGUAUAGACGAGAUACAACCAGGGUAUUGGGGCGCCAAGGGCACGCAAACCACCGACAAGUCGAUCCGAGGUUACGUGCUGGGAAUCUGAGGUCUGAACUGCACAGGUCAGGGGACCAGUCUGACGAAGAAGAGGAGGCAGACAGGUUAGAUGCUGGUGGGGAGUCCCCUGACUACGAUCGAGCAAAUGAUGGACAGGAUGUUGGGGAGGCAUCAGAAGAGCAGCAGGUGGAUGAUGAUGAGCGGGAUGGUGAAGAGGAGGAGGGGGAUGAUGAAGAGGAGGACGAGGAGGAUGUGCUGGUGGGUCAUGACGACCUUGAUGAUGAAGCGGGCUCUGCGGAUGAGGAUGAUAAUGAAGAGGAUAGAGAGGGGGGAAUGGAUGAUGAAGACAGAGAAGAUGACGAUGACCUUGAAGAAGGCGAGGAAGGAUCGGAAAGGGAAGAGGAGGAAGAGGAGGAGGAGAUGGAAGAGGAGGAGGAGGAGGAGGAAGAGGAGGUGGAUGGCUUGGAAGAUGAAGGUGAGGAUCACCACGGCAUGGACGAAGGAUAUGGAGAGAUUGGGAAGCAUGAAUAUAUGGAAGGACCUGAGGAGGAGGAGGAUUAUGAUGAGAAUGAAGAAGACCAUGUAGGAAGGGAGAUGGCCGACCCCUUGGAGCACGAUGAAGAGGAUGACAUGGAUGACGAGAUGGAGGACGAACUUGACGGAGACAACAUCGAGGUUGCUGGUGGUCAUAGUGGGCAUAGGAAUGGAGAGUACCCAUCUCCUGGAGAUAGGAGUGAGGGAACACCGUCCAUCGGGGAUGAUUACGAGGAUGACGACGAGUUUGAUGAUCGAUGAGUCGCUUCUGUUAUCUUCGGGCUACCGCCUUUUGCCCCUACUGAGCUGACGGUUUGUUUCUCGUAGGAUGGCCUCUCUUUGAGUGUGGCUCCUCUUGUCAGAGUUACCGAUUGAUUCUUGGCUGCCGAUCUCAUCUCAUCCUGACCAACAGCCAGACCAUAUACCGGGUUUCCUUUAGCGAGCCACACUCUUUCGUUGUUCAGAACCGACAAGUUGUCUCUAUGGUCAACCAUUCUAUUCGCCAGUCUGGCAUAGUGCAGAGAGCAGCAUGUGCUCUGCUCUCGGCAGCAAAGCUCUUUAUCUUGACUGCUUAGCAGGUUGGUGACUUUCAUUCUCCUUCGCCAGCGCCUCCAGCCCCCCCUUACAGCAAGCAGCAGCAUCUGAAUCUCUGGUUAAGGGACCCUGCUGUUGCCUUUAUUAACCUGCACAGCUCAUUACAAAUUCAAGACUUCAAGUUGAUGCAGAUCUCUCUGUACUCCUUGCUCCUUGAUUACUGCCUUUUCUUGCCUACUUUGAUUUGUUCUCACCGCGUACCCUGAAUUGUCGUAGGGACUGUCCUUCGGAGGUCUUCCUUGUUUCUUUCUCAUCUGGUUGGGUGGUGCUGGUGCGGAAAAGAUCCGAAUAUGGAGGUGACUUUUGGGGACCUUUGGAUUUGGCUGCCUAGGUAGUUCGAAGGAUGAAUAGCAUACUUGAAUACUUGAAAUUCUGACCGCAACGCAAUGGUUGAAACGGUGUGCUUGCAUCCUGUAUGCUGAGCAUGUCCACCGGCUGACACUCUGGGAGGCAAGGGUUCUCGUUACUCUCCCUGCCUCACUCUGUGAGCUAACUCUACAGAAAUGGAGCCGCCCUACAGCAAUUUGCCUGUCGGGGUACGGGCAGAUGUCACCGGGCAAGGGUGGUUCAAAUGGGGCAUGAGCAGCAAGGGUGGUUCAAGUGGAAAUGAGCGGCAAGGGUGGUUCAAGUGAACAGGAGCAGCAAGGGUGGUUCUAGUGGGCAUGAGCAGCGAAGGUCCUUCAGGUGGGCAUGAACAGUGAAGUUGUGCCUAGUUGUUUGCAUUGUAUCAGUUGUUCUUGUGCUGAUGAGAAGAAUGGGUGGUGGAUGGAUCCACGCAUGGGUUAAUGGAUGGAUGGAUGGAUGAAUGCGUGCAUUGGAAGGGUCGUAAUGCUGGAGGAGCGCGAAAGGCAGCCUUCAACCGCCCAGUGAACGAGGAGAGGAGGGUUCAAAUCGUGAUUACUUUAUUGUAGUGCAAUAUGGUAUUUUCUUUUUCUCCCCCAACCCACCCGACAUUUUGUGCACUUUUUUCUCCCCGCCUAUGGUUGGAUGAUGUGUAUUGAGAUCUGUAGCUGGCCUCAGGUUGCUGGGUCAUGAGUUCGUGUUCGCUAAUAAAUCUCGCUCCGCCAGUCACCUUGCUGCUGUGCAGCACUGUGGCGAUCGAAGCCUUAGGAUCCCGUAAUCGAGGAUGCUCACUGGAAGGCUACGCUGGCAACACAAAUGCCGCUGGCUGUUCGUGGGCGCUUGACUACUGUAUAGCCGAUUUGGCCGUUGAGAGGCUUUUUGUUUUACACUUGCAUGUUGGCUGUCGAAAAGGUAUAGAUGGGAAGCGGGGUGCACAUGCCGAGGGGUUGUUGAUUGGGACGCUGACAGGAAAAGGAGGGAAGCAAUGAGGAAGUUAGAAGAACGAGAGUAGUUGGGGGGGAGGGGGAGAGGGUGUAGGGCGUCGGGUUUGGAAGUCCUCCCUGUAUUCAAUACGUGGCUUCAGAGAGUUUUUUACUUGAUGGGUUGGGGACAGGAGUAGUUUGUGGCUGGCAAUCAAGCUCUGCAGGUUGCCAGGAAACACAACCUGAGGAGGAAAGGACCGAGUGCCCUGUUCGUGUUCUCUGACGCUUGGUUCGUACUCGAUGUUCCUCUGUCCUGCUGUAGAGGUUUGUGAGUUUGUCGCAGCACAGCGAUAUUGGUCGCAGAUUUGCGACGUUAUGCCACAUGUUCAAUA